AUGGUUGGGUUUGACAUUUACUGCAAGACGAAAUCUCCUGUGGAGGUGGAGCUGUUUUUGAAUGGAUUGUACACUUUAAUUGAUGGGUGUCUUGCCUCGUUCGACGUGUAUAAAGUCGAAACGAUUAAAGAUGGAUACGUUGUCGCCAGCGGUGUACCAGUUAGAAACGGAAAACAACAUGCUAAGGAAGUUGCUCGAUUUGCUCUGUUAAUGCUGCAGAACUGCAGUGAGGGUAAUCUGAAGAGUUAUUUGCCGAUACGGAUUGGAAUACAUACCGGCUCCAUUGCGGCAGGCGUUGUUGGAUCGGUUAUGCCCCGCUACUGCCUAUUUGGUGACACGAUGAAUACGGCGAGCCGAAUGGAAAGCCAUGGCAAAGGGCAAAGGGAUAAUCAAAACGUUUUGGCUUCUGAGACCAUGAUGAUGGACAGCUGUUAUUACGAUGUGAUUCGUCUGAAAUAA